AUGUUCUUUGGCCUCUUUUCGAAGGACUCAGGCAUCGUAGGAGACAGAUCCAAUCCCAUGGAUCUUCUUUCUUCGACAUCUCUUCGGUACUUGAUAGCCCUUUUUGUCGGCAGCCUGAUUGUCCGUUCAAUCAAAAGACGCUAUCUUACAGCUUUACGUACUGUCCCUGGCCCUUUCGCCGCGUCAGUCACGAGGGCAUGGCGCAUCAAAGAGGUCUACUAUGGUCAUAUUGAACAGACAGAAUUGAAAUUGCAUGAGCUGCACGGCCCUCUCGUGCGAACAGGCCCCAAUGAAGUGAUCACAAAUGACCUCAACGCGGUUGAUCUCCUCUACAGCAUCGGAAGCAAGUUCCCAAAAACAGACUUCUACAGACUCUUCGGAUUUCCCGACGUCUACGGUGUCCACCAGUUCUCAGCACUUCCCAACAUGCUGCAUAAGAAGCUAGUGCGGUACACUGCUGGGGCAUUCUCCAUGACCUCGAUUGUAGAACUGGAGCCGUUUGUUGAUAGUUCGGUGGAAUUCUUCAUUCACAGAAUCAAGGACAUCGGUUCCAACAGCACUCCUAUGAACAUGGCCGAAUGGUUCCAGUGGUAUGCAUUUGACGUGAUCGGGGAACUUACAUUUUCUUCGCGCUAUGGCUUCAUGGAACAAGCCAGGGAUGUGGCCGACUCGACCAAGAUCAUUGAUAAGUUCCAGGCGUAUGUUUCCUUCGUUGGCCAGGCAUUUUCAUAUCAUUGGAUGCUUCUUGGGAACCCUAUAUUGUCCUUGUUCAUGAAACCACCUUCAGGAAUAAUUGGCGACAUGGCUAUUCGGGAGAUUCAAGCUCGACAAGGCAGGUCUACUGACAGACGAGAUAUGCUGUCCCGCUUCCUCAAGGAACAUGAAAAGCAUCCAAAUGACUUUACAAUGUCUGACGUCUACAGAGCUGGAGCCAUGACCAUCGGUGGAGGCUCUGACACAACCGGGAUUGCGCUAACCGCUACCUUUUAUCAUUUGCUGAGAUAUCCUGAAGCCUAUAAACGACUUCGCGCAGAGAUCGAUCAAGCCAUACUUGACAAUAAGCUGUCGAAGCCCGCUAAACUCCGUGAAACUCAAUCACUGACAUACUUGCAAGCGGUAAUCAAAGAAGGUAUGAGGAUUCAUCCAUCGGUGGCAUUCAUCCUUCCUCGACAUGUCCCGGAGGGAGGGUGCACUAUCGCUGGGAAAUACCUACCAGCAGGCACGCGCGUUGGAAUGAACCCAUAUGUCGUGCACAGAAAUAAAGAGAUCUUCGGCGAGGAUGCCGACAUCUUCCGGCCUGAAAGAUGGUUUGAACGCGAGGAGAAGACUAUGAAUCGCUACAUGCUACAGUUCGGCCAAGGGUCGAGAAUUUGUGCUGGCAGGCAUAUAAGCAUAAUGGAAAUGAACAAAGCCUUGGUGGAGCUUAUUCGGAACUUCGACAUCGAGCUUGCAGAUCCGAAUUUCGAGCUCAAUACCAUGACUCGAUGGUUUUUGAAGCCUGAUGCAUUGCCUUGCAUUUUCAAGCCACGCUCACUUCUUUGA